AAUCCCGAAUUGGACCGCCAUUUUGAUAUCUGCUACGUAAAAAAUAGCUUCGUCUGUGGGAUCUUGCUAACAUAAUUUUAUAUUGCUAGAUUAUAAAUUGCAUAUUUACGGAUAUUAUUAGAAACCAGCUCAAAAUAACAUCGGGCGAUGUCGGAACGAAAACGAUUAUUAGAAGAUCUUCGGGUAAUAGACUUACGCGCUGAGUUAGAAAGUCGGAAUCUAAAUAAAAGCGGUGUUCGCGGUGUGCUCAUACAACGUUUGUCAAAGCAUUUGGAAGAGCAAGGGAUUGAUCCAACUACGUUUACGUUCGAAUUGACCACUACUGAUCCAAAGACAGCUUCUGAAAGAACCAGACGUACCGAAAGUACAGUUGAAUCGGCUGAGUCUGAAGAUACUCCUACUAUGGAAGAUAUGAUUGUUCAAGACACCGCUGGAGACGAGGAGGAAACCGACCAAACAGAAGAAAAUAAAAAAAAAAAAACUGCGGAAAACUCUCCAAAGAAAUCAGAAGAAAAAAUGGAAGUAGAAGAUAUUGAGAAAGUUAAUAGAAAACGGGAGAGCAAAGCUGAAGAUGAAGCAUCACAAGCUAAAAAACAAUGUCUUGAUAAAGAUAUAAAACACGAGGAAGACCACAAAACGGAAAAUAACACAGAUGCUGAGGACAGCAUCAAUUUAGAUAUUGGGGAUGAUGAAUUAUUAAAUGAAGAGACUGAUAGUGCAGCGAAACUAAAAAAAGAUGACGCCGCGCGAGAGGAACCUGCGGCGGCCUCGGGCGACGACGCAGAGCUGAAGGACACCGCGUCUGCUGACACCGCUUCAUCAGAAAACCAACAAGUAAUCACCGAAGCAACAGCCACUAGCAAUGAUACAGAGAAAAAUGAAAAAGAGGAAAAAGAAGAGAAAGACAAGGAAUGCGAUAAUGAUAAAAGAGAAAAGAAAGAUGAAAACAAAGAGGGUGGAGCUCGCAAUCUAUGGGUCAGUGGCCUGUCGGGAGACACCAGAGCUAAAGAUUUAAAGCAAUUGUGUAGCAAGCAUGGCAAGGUUAUUGGUGCCAAAGUUGUAACUAAUGCCCGCACACCUGGAUCUCGCUGCUACGGAUAUGUAACAAUGGCCAGUGCAUUAGAUGCCGAAAACUGCAUCAAAAAUUUACACAGGACAGAACUACAUGGGCGAAUGAUAUCUGUCGAGAAGGCUAAAUCCGAAUCGGAGUCAUCCUCGCGUCGACAACCGUCUUGUGCUCGACCAGAAAGGCGCUCAAGCGUAGAUCGUAAAGACGACAUCAAAGAAAAUCUAGAAAAUAAAGAAGGAGGUGACAAAGCUGCUGAUAUAAAACCGAAGAAAGAGGGAGAUAUUUCUGGCGCAGAGAGUACAAGAUCUACAUCGCGCACUAGAGAAAAAUCUCAUCGAUCGGAUAAAGAUAGAGCCAGGCGUAGCUCGAGAAGUCGUGAACGAAGGAGAUCACCCAGGGAAGUUCUCUCGUUCUCCAAAAUAUGGAAGGAACGCGACGUAGCGCGCGCUCGCGAGCGGUCGCGCGCCGCGCGCGAGGAGGAGCGGCGCCGCCGCGCGGCCGAGGACGCGCUGCGCGAGCGAGAGCGCCGCCAGCGCCAGGAGAAGCACCGUCUCGCUCUUGAGAGGGAGAAGCUGCGGGCGGAGAGAGAAAAAAUUGAACGAGAAAAAAAUGAACUGCUCAGACUAGAGCGCGAAAGGCAUCGAUUAGAACGCGAGAAAUUGGAACUUGAAAGAUUAGAAUUGAAGAGAGCACAGUUACGAUUAGAAGAAGAAAGACGUAAGCGUGGAUAUGAGAACAGCGCAUAUCGAAAGCCCGCCGCCAGCCCACCUCCUGAACCUGGCUACGAGCGGGACUCGCGACACAAACGGCCCCCGCCACCGCCUAUGACGUCAAGUCGCGGUCAGUUCGAGGCGCCGCCUCCGCCGCGCUUCGAGAUGACGGCCGCGUAUGAGCGCAGCGCCGACAAGCGCGAGCGAGACCGCGACUACAAGCGGGACUACUCGCGACACGUGUCUUCGGGUAAUAUAAAGUAUCCAAGCAAUGGGAGUACUACUGAGGAUGCGAGACAGCAAAUUCGCCCAGGCGGCACUAGACCUAAAGAAACAGGCCGGUAUGACUCGCGAGAGAGCCCCUCAUAUCGCCCCUCGCCUGGUAAGCCGGAACCUAGAAGUUGGAAUGCUUCUAGUAGAUAUCCAGAUGCAGCUGCACCUUCUAAAGGCAGUGGCACCGGCGGCAGCGAGGCGUGGUCCAGUGGCGAGGCGCGCUACGGCGGCACGUACGAGGCGCGCUACCCGCCCGCCUACGCCGCGCCGCCGCCCACCGCGCCCUACGCCGAGCGCUACCCGCCCACUGCCAGAGACUAUGCGCGCAAGUACUGACGAGAUCGACAUCGAAGACACAGACAUGGCCUUUAAAUUGAUCAUCAAUUCUUCUAUACAACAUUCUCCAUGUUUAAGUGUUUCUUUGUUCUAGUAGUAGUCACUAAUAGAUAAUGUUUCAUUCCCAGGAAUAUUUUUUUUGCAAUAUAUUGUAGAUAAUAUGGAGUAGAGAUAUAUCUAUUGUCAGGUUUAUGUGUAUAAAAUAUGAAUCUUACUAAUACUUUAUAAGACUACUGGUCUGCACAUUUUUCAUAUUCUACUUAAUAACCCAUUUGUAUGUAUAAGCUGAUCAUAAGGUGUCAAACUGCUGUGGAAACGUUUGUAAUAUAUUUUAUAUUAUAAAAAUAUCUGACCUAUGAUAAUAGAUGACGUUAUGGGAUAAAUAAUUUGUUUGAUU